GCCGCCGCCGCAGCCAUGCGCCGACAGCCUGCAGCUGGCUGGGACCCCCUUGCACAGGAGACAGCACCCCCAGGGAGUAAAGACAAUCAACUGGAGGAUGCUUUGCUGAGCUUAGGCUCUGUCAUCGACAUUGCGGGCCUUCAACAGGCUGUCAAGGAGGCCCUGUCAGCUGUGCUCCCCAGAGUGGAGACGGUCUACACCUACCUGCUGGAUGGGGAGUCCAGGCUGGUGUGUGAGGACCCUCCGCAUGAGCUGCUCCAGGAGGGGAAAGUCCGAGAGGCUGUGAUCUCCCAGAAACGGCUGGGCUGCAAUGGACUGGGCCCUUCAGACCUGCCAGGGAAGCCCUUGGCCAGACUGGUGGCUCCACUGGCCCCUGGCACCCAAGUGCUGGUCAUACCGCUGGUGGACAAGGAGGCCGGGGCUGUGGCUGGUGUCAUCUUGGUGCACUGUGGCCAGCUAAGUGACAGUGAGGAGUGGAGCCUGCAGGCCGUGGAGAAGCAUACCCUGGUGGCCCUGCGGAGAGUGCAGGCCCUGCAGCAGCGUGGGCCCACUGAGAGCCCCGGCGCGGUCCAGAAUUCCCCGGAGGGGGCGACUAGGGACCAGAAGGGCGGAGUUGCGUACACGGACCAGGACCGCAAGAUUCUGCAGCUGUGCGGGGAGCUCUACGACCUGGACGCCUCUUCCCUGCAGCUGAAAGUUCUCCAAUACCUGCAGCAGGAGACCGGGGCAUCCCGGUGCUGCCUCCUGCUGGUGUCCGAGGACAACCUUCAGCUUUCCUGCAAGGUCAUUGGAGAAAAAGUGCUGGAGGAAGAGAUCAGCUUUCCACUGACAAUGGGUCGCCUGGGCCAGGUGGUGGAAGACAAGAAGUCCAUCCAGCUGAAGGACCUCACCUCUGAGGAUGUGCAACAGCUGCAAAACGUGCUGGGCUGUGGGCUGCAGGCCAUGCUCUGUGUCCCUGUCAUCAGCCGGGCCACUGACCAGGUGGUGGCCUUGGCCUGCGCCUUCAACAAGCUUGGAGGAGACUUGUUCACAGAACAGGAUGAGCACGUGAUACAGCACUGUUUCCACUACACAAGCACCGUGCUCACCAGCACCUUGGCCUUCCAGAAGGAGCAGAAACUCAAGUGUGAGUGCCAGGCUCUUCUCCAAGUGGCAAAGAACCUCUUCACUCACCUGGAUGACGUCUCUGUCCUGCUCCAGGAGAUCAUCACCGAGGCCAGAAACCUCAGCAAUGCGGAGAUCUGCUCCGUGUUCCUGCUGGAUCAGAACGAGUUGGUGGCCAAGGUGUUCGACGGGGGCGUGGUGGAUGAUGAGAGCUACGAGAUCCGCAUCCCGGCCGACCAGGGCAUCGCGGGCCACGUGGCGACCACUGGCCAGAUCCUGAACAUCCCGGACGCGUACGCGCACCCGCUUUUCUACCGCGGCGUGGACGACAGCACUGGCUUCCGCACGCGCAACAUCCUCUGCUUUCCCAUCAAGAAUGAGAACCAGGAGGUCAUCGGCGUGGCCGAGCUGGUGAACAAGAUCAAUGGACCUUGGUUCAGCAAGUUCGACGAGGACCUGGCGACAGCCUUCUCCAUCUAUUGUGGCAUCAGCAUCGCCCACUCCCUCCUGUACAAAAAAGUCAACGAGGCCCAGUAUCGCAGCCACCUGGCCAACGAGAUGAUGAUGUACCACAUGAAGGUCUCUGACGACGAGUACACCAAACUUCUGUAUAACGGGAUCCAGCCUGUGGCUGCCAUUGACUCCAACUUUGCGAGUUUCACCUACACCCCUCGAUCUCUGCCCGAGGAUGACACGUCCAUGGCUAUCCUGAGCAUGCUGCAGGACAUGAAUUUCAUCAAUAACUACAAAAUCGACUGCCCAACACUGGCCCGGUUCUGUUUGAUGGUGAAGAAAGGCUACCGGGACCCCCCCUACCACAACUGGAUGCACGCCUUUUCUGUCUCCCACUUCUGUUACCUACUCUACAAGAACCUGGAGCUGGCAAACUACCUCGAGGACAUUGAGAUCUUCGCCUUGUUUAUUUCCUGCAUGUGUCAUGACCUGGACCACAGAGGCACCAACAACUCCUUCCAGGUGGCCUCGAAAUCUGUGCUGGCUGCACUCUACAGCUCCGAGGGCUCUGUCAUGGAGAGGCACCACUUCGCUCAGGCCAUCGCCAUUCUCAACACCCACGGUUGCAACAUCUUCGACCACUUCUCCCGGAAGGACUAUCAGCGCAUGCUGGACCUGAUGCGGGACAUCAUCUUGGCCACAGACUUGGCACACCACCUCCGUAUCUUCAAGGAUCUCCAGAAGAUGGCUGAAGUGGGCUAUGACCGAACCAACAAACAGCACCACAGCCUCCUCCUCUGCCUCCUUAUGACCUCCUGUGACCUCUCUGACCAGACCAAGGGCUGGAAGACCACAAGAAAGAUUGCAGAGCUGAUCUACAAAGAGUUCUUCUCCCAGGGAGACUUGGAGAAGGCCAUGGGCAACAGGCCGAUGGAGAUGAUGGACCGGGAGAAGGCCUACAUCCCUGAGCUGCAGAUCAGCUUCAUGGAGCACAUAGCAAUGCCCAUCUACAAGCUUCUGCAGGACCUGUUCCCCAAGGCGGCAGAGCUGUAUGAGCGUGUGGCCUCAAACCGUGAGCACUGGACCAAGGUGUCCCACAAGUUCACCAUCCGAGGCCUCCCAAGCAACAACUCACUGGACUUUCUGGAUGAGGAGUACGAGGUGCCCAAGAUGGAUGGUGCUGGGGGCCCUGUCAAUGGCUGCUGCAGCCUUGACGCUGAGUGAGCCCCUCCCAGGACCCUUCCCCAUCCAGGCCUUCUCCUACAACCCUCCACUGGCCUGGCCAGAGCAUUGGGGACCAGAGCCAGAAGUCCUGGGUCCUAGACUAGGACUUCCCAUGUGAUCCUGGGCAAGUCCUGCCUUUCCCGGGCCUCAGCUUUCUCAUCUGUAGAAAGGAGCAAGGCUUUCAGCCUCACCAAGAGUUUGUAAGUUGUCCUCAAGGGCAUUGGGGUGACCAAUGAGUAGUGGUCCCUGCUCUACACCUCUGACAACACCUUGGCAAGUCCUCCCCAACCCACUCCUCUUCUAAAGCAGCCUUGAUUGUUCCUCCUGUGCCCCACUCCUACCCCACUAGACUUGUGCCCUUCUCCCCGGGGGAUAUACCCGAGGUCUCAAGGGUCCUCAUAGAAGGGGAAGGUGGAGCAUCUGAGUGAGCAGAGGGCAGGGGCUUAGCAAUGGUCAUUAGCUCUGCAGGAGCACUGGAAAUAGCCAUGGGGCCAAAGGUGCCCCUGAGGACUGCUGCCGCCAUAUUUAUGUCUGGGGCCUGGGGGGAUAGAUGCAGGGGCCCCAGGUCGAAGCUGCCAGAGUGGCAGCUCAGACUCUGGGGAGAGAGGGCUCAGGAAGAGAGCAGGAUGGGCAUGAUGAACAGGAAGGUUCCCUGGGCUGGGAGACAGGCCCUGGUUUGAGUCAGCAGUGCUUCCUCCCGGCUGUGUGACUCUGGGCAAGUCCCUCCCCAUCUCUGGGCAAAACGGGAGGGUAAGACAAUCCAUUCUCUAAGAUCCCUUUUAGAUCAAAGGCUCCAUAGCUGUGAGGAGUUCAAGGAGAGGCCAUGGCCUGUACCUGCCACCCUAGGGCACAGAGAGCUAAUCCAAGUCCUUCAGUGGCCCCCUGACUGUGCCCCCUUGACCUGAGCCCCUCCCCCACUUCCACAGCCAGAGAGGGACCUGGCUCAACCCUGGCAGGGUGUCUCUCCUCCUUAAGGCCAUAUCCAUCUGUGCCCGGGGCUCAGGAGACCCCAAAGGGCCGGACUCUUGGGUCGGCCAGACUCUUGGGUCAGCCAGCCACUGGCUUCUCUCGACUUUGUUUUGUUCUGUAUGUGUUGUGGGGUGGGGGGAGGGGGGCCACCUGCCUUACCUACUCUGAGUUGCCUUUAGAGAGAUGCGUUUUUCUAGGACUCUGUGCAACUGUUGUAUAUGGUCCCGUGGGCUGACCGCUUUGUACAUGAGAAUAAAUCUAUUUCUUUCUAUCAACCGUCCCCCAUGG